AGAACCCCGCAUUUUGUAGGGUUUUCAAAGCACUUGCCCCGUUGCCCGCCCCCAUUGCAGCAAUGGGAGGAUAGGGGCUCACCCACAUACAUAGAUAGGCAAAGCUCAAAAGUCUUCUUUCUUCCUUUCUUGGUCCAGUUGAUUCUUUCAUACGCUUGGGUAUGUUUCGUCAUCUCUCUCAAAUCUGUUCUUUUUCUCUUAUAUGAAAACCCACAGUUUUAUUGAAGUUAGCGUCACGAUUUGGUAGGUUCCUGUUGAUUUGUUGAUGCCCCUCACUUUCCUGGGCCUUGUGGAAUGAUAGGGUAGUGAUUAGACUGCUUGGGCUUUGGUUUUAGGGAUGAAGAUUAGUACUUGAUUGCGAAGUCUUUUUUAUUCCGGAUAAUGAUGACGAAAAUGAGCACUGUGUCUCUUUUGACCAGGGGAAAAGAGCUCAGAUAAAGCUCUUAAAAAACGAAAAAGGAAAAUGUCCCCAGAGAUGGAGAUGGUAGUAAUAGUGUUUCUCAAUUGCAGGGAAAGUGAAAGACACAGAAGGCAAAAGAGUGCCAAACGCUCUUCAUUCUUCUCUCUUUAUUCCCCACUUUUUCGCCCACACGCUUUGUGCAAGGGUUAUGCGUCCAUUGUGUGCUGAACAAGUCUGUUUUUCUCCUUUCUAUAUUUAAACUACUUGAGGCCUGAAACUGUAGGAAAAAAGUUCAAAAAUUGUUCUAUGUUUAUGGGUAGGAGGGGUGAGGUAGGUGGGCAGGUGUUGGAUCUGGAGACUGCUGUUAAAGAUGGGAUUUUGGGAGGGGGUGGGGGAGGAGUUGGGGUGGUUGCUACUACUGAGAAGAACAUUACUCUGCAAAAAAUGAUCAAAGAACUCAACUCAAUUGAUGUCCCUUCAGUCUUCAUUUGCCCGAUUUCUUUAGAGCCAAUGCAAGAUCCGGUGACCCUUUGCACUGGUCAGACGUAUGAGAGGUCCAACAUUAUGAAAUGGUUGUCAUUGGGCCGCCCCAUUUGCCCCACCACAAUGCAAGACCUGUGGGAUGAUUCAAUCAUCCCAAACAGCACCUUACGCCACCUGAUUCACAGCUGGUUUUCCCAGAAGUAUUCCUCUCUAAAAAAGAGGUCUGGUGAUGUGGAAGGAAGAGUCUUGGAGCUUCUAGAGACAUUGAAGAAGAAGGUUAAGGGUCAGGCUAAAGUCCAGGCUUUAAUGGAAUUGAGGCAAUCUGUCACUGCCAAUGAUUCAGCUAAAAGAACUGUGGUCAACAACGGCGGACUAACUUUGAUUACUUCCAUGUUGGGUGGCUUUACUACACAUGUUGUUGCUUCAGAGACGAUUGCAAUUUUGGUGCAGUUGAAUCUGAGCCCGGAUUCGAAGGUGUGUUUGGCACAACCUAGCAAGAUUUCACUCUUGGUGGACACUUUGAACGAGGGGUCGAUUAAUACAAAGAUCAAUUGUGCAAAAUUGCUUGGAAUGUUGAUAGAAGGGAAAGCUCCUGAGUCAAAUAUAGCAACAAGUUUGAGCCUUUUAGUUGGGUUAUUAAGAUUAGUUAAGUUCAAGAAUCAGCCCGAACUGGUCUGGUCCGGUCUGCGGUUACUUAAGACAAUUUCAUCAUCAUAUGGUGAAUCAAGGCUCUUGAUGGUGCGGGUUGGAGCUAUCCCUCAAUUAGUAGACGCCUUACCCAACUUAAACCCAGAAUGCUUGGAGUUAGCCCUUCAUGUUAUAGAGUCUCUCUCAACAUGUCAAGAAGGUGCAUUGGCUUUAAAGGAUUGUAGUAGAACCAUUCGAAAUAUUGUGAAACUUGUGAUGAAUGUUCCGGAAAACUGUACACGGUUGGCUUUGUCGAUCUUGUUGGCAGUUUGCAAGAUUUCCCCGGAGGAGUGUUCUUCGGUGGCAGUUGAGGCAGGGCUAGCUGCAAAGCUCCUUCUUGUGAUUCAGAGUGGUUGCAAUCCAGAGUUGAAGCAACAAUCUGCUGAACUUUUGAAGCUUUGCAGUUUAAAUUACACAGAAACCAUUUUCAUAUCUACACAAGUGUGAAAUGGAAAAAAGGAUAGAAUAAGGCGGUUUUGUUUGUGUUAUUGAUAACUUGACAUACUGCCUUUGAUUGCCUGCCCAAUGUAAUUGUAAAGAUUGUAUUUGUAUGUUUUUCAGUUUCUUUUGUAGGUAUAAAGUCAACAAGUACAUUUGAUUCUUUAUCUCUAUACCAUGGGUUGAUUGCCAUUGUUAUUACAUUUUCUUUGCUUAACAGUCAUAAAUUUGUAUUUAAUGUGCUGUAUUUCUUUCUUCACCAUAGC